AUGGCCGUCGCACUCCAACCCGCUCCAAUCUCCCUGGAGCAAGUAUCCGACAACAUCGACGCAGUGAACGUCCACAAAACAGACUUGAAAAAGCAAAAAGACCUCUACGACGAAUCCGAAUUUGACAGAGCCAAAGACAAAACCGGAUUCCGUCAAUUCAACGACGCCUGCGACCAAGUCAAGAACUUCUAUGCGCAACAACACACCCUUCAAACCGUAGCCUACAACCUCAAAGCGCGCAACGAUUUCAAGAACAAGACACGCGCCCACAUGACAGUCUGGGAAGCAAUGGAGAAACUCAACACUUUCAUCGACGAAUGUGACCCAGACACAUCCGAGUCCCAAAUGACACACCUCCUCCAAUCCGCCGAAGCAAUUCGCAACGACGGAAAGCCACGCUGGAUGCAGCUUGUGGGACUCAUCCACGACCUAGGCAAAUUGCUCUUCUUCUUCGGUGCUCAGGGGCAGAUUAUCUUUGGCACGGAGUCUUUCAAGAAUAAUGAGGAUUAUUACAAUCCUGUUUAUAGUACGAAGUACGGCAUUUAUUCUCCUAGGUGUGGACUGGGGAACGUUAUGCUUGCUUGGGGUCACGAUGAGUAUCUUUAUCAUAUUGUUAAAGAUCAGUCGUUGAUUCCUGAGGAGGGGUUGGCUAUGAUUCGGUAUCACUCUUUUUAUCCGUGGCAUCGGGAGGGCGCUUAUCAUGAGCUUAUGGAUGAGCAUGAUCAUAAGCUGUUGGAGGCUGUUAGGGCUUUCAAUCCCUAUGAUUUGUAUAGCAAGAGUGAUGAGGUUCCUGAUCCUGAGAAGUUGAAGCCCUACUAUUUGGAGCUCAUUGAUGAGUUCUUCCCUAAGAAGGUUAUCAGGUGGUAG